AGAGGAGCCACUACCCACUUCAAACUUUACCCCAGACGAUCGACGUUGGCAGAGUUAUCGUGCGUCCCUUGGAUUCAUUUAUAAAAGCUAAUUUGGUAAGUAAUGUUAGAUAAAAAUGUAAGCGAAAUGAUUUCAAGUUCGUUAGCAGUGGAUGAAAUAUAAACGGCCCGACUCGCUCAGAGGGAUAAUUAAUGCUAUUUGAAGGCGAUGGCUUGCAGAAAGGAUUUUUCUUUGGGUCGACGACGAAUCAUCAUUUCUUUCUCUAUGAGGUGUCUCGUAGAUCAAGCCACUCUAAUAGGGGUUCUCGGAGGUUUCACAUGGGGGAUUUCAAAAUUUAUAUCAGUUUGUACGCUCACGCUAAGGUGCAAUUUGCAAUAUGCUACUGAAUAGUGCAGUUUGUUUGGAGGUACUAUAUAGAACGUUGAAACGUAUCAUGCCUUGAAAAACACACGGUCGUUCAGCUCUUGUACAUCGCUUAUUACAUAUGGUUUGAUGAAACUAAGUCUAUAUCAUAGCUGGAGAACAUGAUCAUAGCAUCUUUAAUUCAACUGGGGAAGGAUGUCACUAUACCGUGAAUUUCGAAAGUAGCAACCUAAAGCCUCGUUUACUUCCGCAAUAAGCUAGAGUCUUUUACAAUUCGGCUUCAUUUGAUUAAUAUAUACUUGUGCUCCGCCUGGGCUGUUAUUAGAGUUCAGUUUAACAAAGUAUUAUUGCGGGUGUAACAUGGAAUUUCAUUUCUUCGAGCAAAUUUCGCCAUGCGAACACUGUACACAGUUCUUUGAAAACAUUAUGCUUUUUAAAUUGCUGUGAAAUUUCAUGGUUUAGAAUAUCACGUGGCUUCGAAAUUUUGUGGAGUUUGAAAAAUAAUUCAAUAAACUAAAAAGUAUUUGGCGGGUGCGCUUGCUAUAAGUUAAAUAGUCAAUUAAAGCAAUGGAGUCGUAAAACUCAACAUGAUGUUUCAUUAGCGAUUUUUCAAGUCGUUUAGCAAAUGACUAUUGUGAAAAGCUUGCCUCUCCAACGAGUCGGCAAACUUCAAUGCGUUUAAAAAGCCAACAGAGCUGGUAGUUCAAGCGAAUCCGUAUGUCGCAAUUAAUUUCCGCCAAAAAAUUGCUGCCAUGCCUCAUAAAAAUCUGUCAAUUUGGAAACGAUCAGCGCGCCCUACUUUCACUGCUUCUGUGCUUUGAAAAUUGUAGUGAUAUUUGAGACGAUCUCUUCAUGGUUUAGCUUCUCACGUGGCUGCGACAUUUCGUAGAGUUUGAAAAAUGAUUCAAUAUACUGCAAAGUUUUCGAGGUGUGCGCUUGCUAUAAAAUUAACCUAGUUAAUGGUUAAGACGACAAGGUUCGUAAGUUCUUGUGGCGCCAACAUAUUUGCUGGUCGGUUGCAGAAAUUGGCUAAGUGGACGUGAUACGUGUUUCAUCAAAUAGUCAAUUAAAUCAAUGGAGUCGUAAAACACAACAUUAAAUUUCAUGAGCGAUUUUCCAAGUCGCCUGACAAAUGAUUACCAGACAUCUCGUGAAAAGUCUUGCCUUUCCAACGAGUCGGCAAACUUCAAUGCGUUUGGAAAAAGGCCAUCAAAACUGGAAGUUCAAGCGAAUCUGCAUGCCGCAAUUAAUUUCCGCCCAGAAGUUUCUGCCAUUCCUUUUAGAAAAAUCUUUCAUUUCGGCAACAGUCAGCGCGCUCUACCUUCACUCCUUCCGCAAACACAAAAUGAAUGAUUAUCUAUUUCAUAGUCUUAUAAGCUUUCAUUCCUACUUUCAAGAUGAUUUCAACCUUGAAAAUGUGAAGCAUUUUAGCUGCACGUUACCUGUUUAUUCAAAUUUGUUUAUUUGCGCGUGAGUAAGCAGUGAAGUUUCGUAUAAUUUAGAGGUCUGCACCGUGCUGAAAAGCGUACAGGCAUCCCAAGUUUACGUGAACGCAUGUGAACUUGGGAAGCCUGUAAAAAGUGCAGCAUUUUUGUUUCACGGGAAGUGGGCGACCCGAGCAGGCAAGGUAGACGCAUUUUGCCUGCUCUGGAAACCAACAGAAACACAGGAUUCCCUUUAUUUCGCCUGCUCGUGGAGCCAGCUAUAAAAAAGAAAAAUGCAGAAAAAGUUGUUGCCAUUAAAUAUCUGAACAAACAGCGAAGUAUCACCGAGUCUAAAGAGUGAUAUGAAGCAUGGUAACGUAUCCAUAUGUAACAAACAAUGCUUGAGUUACAGUAACAGUGAAGAAAUGUUGGGGUUUCUAAAAUCACUGCUCGCAGCAACACAAUAGUAUUACAGUAGAGCCCCGCUAACUCGACCACGGUCAACUCGAAUCCCCCGUUAACUCAAAUAAGAUCCGAUUUCCUCAAGCAUUUAACCUCUUUUUUCCAGUCAUUUAUCAUCAGUUAGCUCAAACUUGAACUAAAAGCGUCGGUCGAUAAACGUUUUAAGUGUCAGAACAUAGCUGAUUGACACGUCCCAAUCUUGAAUCCCGAUUGAUACGAACGUGAUAAUAUUUAUGAAAACGUAAUAUUUAGCUAAACUUCCCAAACUAAACGUUCUCAGAAAAAGCUCUUUUAAAACAAUGUAAAUGUAUGAAUAUUGUUGUUGUUUGUGCGAGAAUAGAAGAAACACGAUUCCCUAUUAAUCAUUAAAAGGAUAACUGAUUUUCAACACAACCAAACUGGAACCCUCCCUCCCCACCCUCCCCCUUUCUGUUAACGUAACCAAUAUUUCGUUUUCCUUAGGAGUUCGAGUUAGCGUGCUUCUAUUGUAUUCAUUUUUGCACUGCAGAUGUAUGAUUAGAUAUUCAAUCUUAAAAUGGCCUAGUUAUAUUUCCCAGGUUCCAGCCUUGAAUGAUGCUAGCUCUUACAUUUAUGCUAUUGCUUGUGGUUGAGUUGGGAUGGGCCGCCCAGUGUAACAAGUCGUAUGGACCCGCUGGAACUGUUGAAUGUAUUCAAAUACAACGGUACAAUAAUGAAUACCAGUGGGGGACGUGCUUAACGGAUGCAUACAUCAAGCAAAAGAGCAAACAAAAACAUCUCUGCAUAGACCGAGCUGCAACCUACUGCUGGUAUCAGUGUAUGCUUGAAGUGCAUAGCAAGGAAUAUGGAUCAGUGACGAGUGAUUGUUCCUGUACUCCCAGCAAUCCAACCUCAUAUCCAAACACCCUCACGCCUACCACAUUGCUGCCUCCAGAAUGCUAUAGUCCACCAGGGGAUUCCUGUGAUUGGUAUCGCAGCUGCCUGGAGAGGAGGUAUCCCUGUGAAGCUACAAGUAAUGGUUACGCAAUCAAAUACGCUGAACAUUUUUGCAAGCUGUAUGAACAAAACUUUGCAAAGUUCAGUCUAAUCGGGAAAAACUGGGUUAAUGGAGUUCGUAAAUGCCUCCAAGUCUCACUGGUGCCACUAUUGCGGCCAUGGGCCGAUCCAACAUGUAAAGAGAUACGAGAAAGAGCGUUCGCCUCUCAUACACCAUGUUACCUGAAUCCAGGAAAUGGUGCGCCGUCCGUCUGUGAUCUUGACUGCUCUGAUUACUACCAGAUCUUUUGGACCAUCAAAGGUUCCUUUGUCAAAGUCGACACACUCUGGGAAUCUCUCAAGGGAAUGUGGAACAUAGGAGCGAAAUGUGGAUUGUCUGCUAACAUUACGAAAUGCUACAGAGAACUGAAAGAUGGCCCAGUCAGAGUGAUCAAGCUGAAGAUUAAAAAGUUUUUUCUGCGAUCGAGGCGCUCAACUGAUAAUCUUCCUGAGUCUGAUGCUCAAAGUCGAUUCGCAGACGGAGUUGGCUCAGCCAUUGCGAGUGCCUUGAAGUGGAACUCAGAUGUAAUGGACUGGCUCGCCUAUACUGGGAGAGUUGAAGAUCCAGAAAACAUGGAAAUUGUCGUCUUAUUAGCUGAUAAGAAAGCCCUGGGUAUCGCCAUUACAUCCACUCCAUCCGUCAACUUCAACCAGACUAUCCAAGAGUUUGCCUCAGCUGUACAACGGGGAGCGCUACCUUUGAAAGUGGAUGGACACAAUGUCUGGGUGAAGAACUUAGCCUCGUGUUCUGAUAAAGCCUGCAACAGCACCCAUACACUAGCAGUGUCAGACAAGCCUCCAAACUGGAAUGGUGCUGCUGAGAUCUCAGGUGGUAAAGUUGCCUUGUGUGGAACCAUCGCUGUGUUGGUCACGAUUCUGGACAAACUGCUUUACUAAAACGAUACUCGCAUCUGUCGAGAAGGUAGAUUUAGUUUUUUCUGUUUAUCAUACGUAGCAGUUGUUCUAAUGGUCUGUCUCACGCUGGGUUUUAUGCUUAAUGCGUUCGAGCUGAAACUUUUCGAGUCCCUUUCUGUUGCCAAAGAGCUUCAGUAAAACGUAGACCUCGCUAGUUUUACUCUUGUUAUGCUUGCAACAAUCACAGCGAUCUUUAGCAUCAGCAUGUUGGACACGGUCAUGGUAGUGAACCCUCCAGACAACAUUCCGCACCACCACUAAGUCGAAAACCAGGAAUAGAACACGAGUCAAUUCUGCUUACGAAAAAGAGCAUUUCAAAUACUGUGGUAAACCAACGAGUUGUUUACUAGAUUUCAAAUCUGUCGGUGUUAUUCUUACCAUAAACAGGCUUCAGUGCGUGACAGGCCCUUAAAUUAACUGAGAGUUAUUCGAAGUCGUAGGAUAUAGAGGAUAAAAUAGCCAAGCACAGAAUCUCUUUAAUUUCAUUGGAUGGUAGUUACACCAAUAUUAGCCGUUGCUUAAGGUAGAGUAGAAUCUAUUUGCCUGGUAGAUGUGAGACUUUUUAAGAGGGGUUACUCAGAAGUUACGGUAGCCUAUGUUUGAUUAUUAGAUGAAAUCAUUGUGUGUUGUAGUAUAGUGUCUCUCUCCAUUGGAAGGACAAAUAGAGAGGGCACUUCUUUGAAGUGACAUAACCUACCUAUACCUGAUUAAACGCAUAAAGUCGGUAUUUUCCGUCUGAGUUGCCCGUUUAGAUCUUUUGUCUCAGUUUAGAACUGUUGUUAUAAAGAUCUUGCUUUUUCGAAUAUUCUUAUUCAUAUAAAGUAAAAAAUGCUCCUUAUAUAAGCGUCUUAGACUGUUAUAACCAUUGUUAGCCAUUAAAAGCAUUUAAGCAC